ACUCUCUCUCUCUCUCUCUCUCAACCAACAAUGGCUCUAUCAAUAUCCAAAACCCUCGUCGCCACCACUCCAAUUCCAUCUCCGCCGUCCAUGGCGGCACCAGGGCGGUGGAGCCCAGACAGCUGGAAAUCGAAGAAGGCCUUGCAACUUCCAGAGUACCCAAAUGAAGAUGAUCUUGAAACGGUGCUCAAAACCAUCGAGUUGUUUCCUCCUAUUGUGUUCGCCGGAGAGGCGAGGACGUUGGAGGAGCGGCUAGCAGAGGCGGCAAUGGGGAAAGCUUUUCUUUUGCAAGGAGGUGAUUGCGCUGAGAGUUUCAAGGAGUUUAGUGCUAAUAACAUAAGGGAUACUUUCAUGGUUUUGCUUCAGAUGGGGAUUGUUCUCAUGUUUGGUGGCCAAAUGCCUGUGAUCAAGGUGGGCAGAAUAGCUGGUCAAUUUGCAAAACCAAGAUCUACACAAUAUGAGGAGAUAAAUGGUGUGAAGUUGCCAAUUUACAAAGGGGACAUCAUAAAUGGUCAUGCUUUCAAUGAGAAGUCGAGAAUUCCAGAUCCAGAGAGGAUGAUAAGGGCUUAUUGCCAAUCUACCGCGACCCUGAACCUUCUUAGAGCUUUUGCAACAGGAGGGUAUGCUGCAAUGCAGAGGAUUACCCACUGGAAUCUUGACUUUGCGCAGAAUAGCGAGCAAGGAGAUAGGUAUCAGGAACUAGCUCAUAGGGUUGAUGAGGCCUUAGGAUUCAUGGCUGCAGCAGGACUCACAGUUGAGCAUCCUAUCAUGACCACAACUGAGUUCUGGACAUCUCAUGAGUGUAUGCUUUUACCUUAUGAACAAGCACUUACCAGACAGGAUUCGACCUCUGGCCUUUUCUAUGAUUGCUCUGCUCACUUCGUAUGGGUUGGGGAGCGCACCCGACAGUUGGACGGCGCCCAUGUCGAGUUUCUAAGAGGAGUUGGCAAUCCCCUUGGCAUCAAGGUGAGCGAUAAGAUGGAUCCCAAUCAGCUAGUUAAUCUCAUUGACAUCCUAAAUCCAGUUAACAAGCCAGGAAGAAUAACUAUAAUUGCAAGAAUGGGUGCUGAGAACAUGAGAAUCAAGCUGCCGCAUUUGGUUAGGGCUGUUCGUAGUGCGGGACAAAUUGUGACUUGGGUUUGUGAUCCAAUGCAUGGAAACACCAUAAAGGCACCUUGUGGACUCAAAACACGGCCUUUUGAUGCAAUCUUGGCUGAGGUUAGAGCCUUCUUUGAUGUGCACGAGCAAGAAGGGAGCCACCCCGGAGGAAUUCAUCUUGAGAUGACAGGGCAGAAUGUGACAGAAUGCAUUGGUGGCUCCCGAACUGUGACUUUUGACGAUCUCAGCUCACGCUAUCAUACCCAUUGCGACCCAAGGCUCAAUGCUUCUCACUCUCUUGAGCUGGCUUAUAUUGUUGCUGAGCGGCUAAGAAAAAGGAGGAUUGGAACUCAACACAAGCUUAGUUAGAUUGAGAAAUGAUUCUUUUUCUUAAUUGUUCAAAUGCCAUGUAUUGUUUAUUGGUUGAAAAGACUAUUUCUGAUUACCUACUCUGCCGCUGCAAUUAAUUUGCUCACAACCUGUUCGAAAUUCGCA